UAACGUGGAGCAGUACAAAAAUACAGUCGACCAGUGAAACACGUAUUUCUGAGUCGCUGCAAUUAUUCCGGUGUGUUAAUUUUAAUAUUCUCAGUGACGGGUUUUGCAAAGUUUAAACGUACCCUAUAAAUUAAUAAAAAUACCAGUAUGCCAUUUUAUGUAAAUGAAACAGGAUUUAAACUCUAUGAUAAUAAUAGUUAAAUUAUUAGUACUAACCCAGUGGCAAAAAUUUUAUAAAAUUGAAAUAGCGUGUGUUCCGUAUUUAUGGUUUUGAUAUACUGAACAGUGCGGCCUUCGCGCAUUAAUCAGUUUGAUUAUAUUGUGGCAUUAAAAAAUGGAAUAAAAAGUUAUGUUGAACAAACAAAAUAUUUAUCACACAAUUUUUGUUCAUAAACAGUAUGUAAUUUUUUUUUUGUACAUUUUACGUCUAAUGUUUACGCGAAAAUUGAAAAUUGCAAUAAAAUCUUCCAUUUUAAUAUUUUGCCUUUUCAAAUUUUAUUUCAAAAUUGUGAAGUGACCCGAAACGUUUUUUGGUUCGUAGAACCCUAAAAAUAUAAUUGGCAUUCGACUUUUCAAAUCCUAUAUGUUAGAACUGGCCAGUAAGGACAAGCUAUCGUUUAUGAUACGGCGUGUUUAGUUUUAAAGUUAUAAGAUAUGAAAUAAACAAAGAAACAUGGACCGGGGAAUCAUAACACCUUUAAUGAAACAGUGUUUCGUGACAGCUGGCGUUGCAAUUAAUCUGGCACAGUUCGGAUUGGCUUUGGGGUUCACCGCAGUUCUACUGCCGCAGCUGAGAGCUCCUGACUCCGGAUUUGAUAUCGACGAUACUUCAGAAUCAUGGAUAGCCGCGAUUCCAGGUUUCGCUUUGGUCGUCGGAAAUUUCACAGUACCUUCAAUAAUGGGGAAGUUCGGUCGAAAAGUCGCAAGCAUCACCAGCAUCGUCAUCAUCAUCAUCGGCUGGGUCGCAAUCACGGUGGCUAACAGUAUCCCACUGAUCCUCGCAGCAAGGUUCCUCCAAGGCAUUUCCAUGGGGAUGAUUGCCUCUCUAGGUGCUAUUUUGGUGGGAGAGUACACGAGCCCUAAAAACCGUGGGGCGUUUUUGUCUAUUCUGUCAUUAGUCAUGGCCGUUGGGACUACCACGGUUCAUACAGUUGGUUCAUACUUAAGCUGGAAGAAAACAGCGAUGCUGUGUACUGCAAUCACCAUAGCGGACUUGGUAAUAGCGGUUUUCUCGCCAGAAUCACCGAGUUGGCUGGCUGACCAGGGAAGGUAUGAGGAGUGCCGGAAAGUCUUCCAUUGGCUCCGAGGAUAUGACGAAGAUGAUGAACUAGAUAAAAUGAUUGAAGCCGCCAGAAUAACAAGAGAAGGCAAAGUUGAUGUUCCUAAACCAUUUUGGAAAGAUGUCAAAAGUAAAUUGGCGCAAACUACUGUGAUUAUGAGAAAGAAAGAGUUUUACAAGCCAAUUUUACUUAUGAUCCACAUUUACACUCUCGCAGAAUGGGCAGGCAUUAAUAUUCUUUCACCGUACAUAAUAGAUGUAGCCAAUUCCCUUGUAGAUAAAGAAGCUAUGAAUAUACCUGCUUUAGUAAUAUCAGUAGACGUUCAAAGAAUAUUAAUGGGUAUACUAACAGUAUAUUUAAUAAAGAAGAUCAGACGACGGACAAUAUUACUUUCAACUACGAUUUUAUGCAUAAUAGUUUUAAUAUGCACAGCGGGGUACAGUUAUGCUAAGACUUCAGAGGUGUUACCAUUUGAUCACCCAUCGAUUCCUGCUUUAUUAUUACAUAUACACAUGCUUACUAUAGCAGUAGGAUCUAUACCUGUGCCAAUGGUGAUCUCUGGUGAAAUAUUUCCUUUAGAAUAUAGAAGUUUAGCAGGCGCCAUCAGCGCACUGUUUUUAUCUCUCCAUUUUUUCAUUGUGGUCAAAACAUUUCCUUACUUCGUCCGUCAUAUUGGGUUACACGGAGCUUAUUUGAUAUAUACUUGUGUCGUAACAUACUGUCUGAUUAUAUCUUGGUUGUAUUUACCAGAAACCAAAGAUAGGACUUUGCAAGAAAUAGAAGAAGAGUUUAGAGGAAGACCAGUAAGAACUGAUGAUCUAAAGGCAUCGGAAUCUUUGAUGGGUUGACUUAAUUACUUGGAAAAUGAUGAUCUCGUUUUAGUUUAAGCACAAACAAUAGAAAUAUGUUGUUUAUAUACAAAUAAGUGUGAUGACAGCUACAGAUUUAAGACAAGAAUAAACUAUUGAAAAAGCUGAAGAAAUGA